GGAAAAUCAACUACAAUAUCAAUUUGUUUUUUUAUUAAUUUAAUGGAAAAACGAUGAAAAGUGUUUAAUCAAUUAUAGCUUAUUUAUGCCGUUUCUUCAACGGAUUGCGUAAGGUUUCAUUCAAAUGACAAUAAAAUUAUGUUGGUUAUUAAUAUUCUAUUCGUUCAAUGAAGUAGCAAGCUUGCUUUGUUACAACUGUACUUCUACACAUCGGGAUAGGAAGAAUUGUGGCGGAGAUUUUACGCCUGCAGAUGAACCCUUUGUCAACGACAGACAACUUUUGGUGAACUGCACUGGAGAUGGUGCCAUGUGCUUCGUUCGCUCGUGGACAGCGCGAGCGCGGUACGCAUGGAUGGUGCAGCGCGGGUGCUACCUGGCAAAUAAAGAUGACCCCAUUCCACGUUCUAUGACCACUCCUACUAGAGCUAUGUCUUGCAGAAAUGAAAGAUUUGUUGAAGCUGAAUAUAAAGUAUGUUUCUGUCAAGCUGAUUGGUGUAAUUCUACACAUUUGCUUCAAGUAAAAAGCUUCGCUAUAGUUGUUUUCUGUUUAGUUGCUUUAGCAUUGAUAUAGUUAAAGAUAAAUAAACUAUCACGCACCAAUAAUUAAUUCGCUAAUUUUAAUUGAUAACUCCAUACUGGCCUAUA